AAACAUGAUACGUUUUUGUAAUGCAUUGCCAUUAUAUCUGGUUUAAACUAUCUAUAUCUGUGCAUGUCUAUAGAGGAUCAACAUGCUUAACAAGAUUACAGGAAAUUUUAUUAGAAGAGUUUGUUUACAAUGCAGUUCUAUACAAUAAACGUCUCGCACUCUGUUGUGCUAUUGUUUAAAUCUAUUACAUUUUUAAAUUAAAAUUAUGAUUGAUGAUUUAUAUUGAUCUGCUUAUUGGCCAGAACGUUAUUGUAGAGUUUCGGUAACAAAUGUUACGACUAUGACUGGACUGUCACAGGUCAUGUUUGAGCACUUCCUGGCCGCCCUAGGGAUGCCGCGACCGCAGUGCUCACUCAGUGAUAAUGACCCAAUUAUUUUACUUUCCUUAACCCAAGCGUGCUUGUAACUAUUGUAUUAAGGCCAAGCCGUUUCCGGCCGUCCACCAGUUUGCCCACUUCAAGUCCUUGCCAAAAAUAACGGUUCUUCUCGACCCAAGGCAAAGAUGAAUUCUCAAUUUUUCUUUCUUCUUUCUACAUACGCACAAAUUCAGAGAAGCUCAGCAUUUCAUUUUUAAGAUAAAAUACUGCCCAAACCCACAUUAAGGGUAAAAUGUUUAAGCUCCUUUAGAUAAGAAAUAACAGUACAUAUUUAAACUUUAAUUUCAUGUUAUAUUUAUAUAUACUAAUAUGUUAUAAUAUUUGAAUAUGAGUUCACUUUUUUAUGUCUAAUUUGCUUAGUAAUUAAAUUGUUACACAUUGCAACAAGGAUUAUAAUUUUACUAUGCAUUUUGACUAUUCAAAUGAUUCAAUAAUUCAAAUUCGAUUCAUUAUAAAGAAUGCAAACAAUACUUUUGCAUGUUUCCAGUAAUUUUACCUUCUUCUGUAUAAGCCUGCAUGUAUAAGGUAUUGCAGUGGUAAACAGUUUGAUAUUGGUUUUCAGCAGAUGUAUUAAUUUUGGAACAUCGUAUACAAGUAACGGAUGUUACCAAACAAACAUACCAAAACUCUCUGGUAUGUGGAAAUUGCAAAAUGCAAUGUACGUAAAGUGAUAAGAGAUCCUGUGCUACCACAGUUCCUGAUAUUCAAAGAUGUGGGAUCUGGUGAUGUUGAGUAAGGUGUUGACCACUGCGGUGGUGCUGAGCGUGAUGCUGCAGAACUGUUCCUGUGGAGCUGAGUCCUCUGCCACAGGAGUCUCCGAGGAAAGAGCUAGUCAAGCAGUUCAAAACAUUGACAACACACCAGAAUCGAGCUCACAACCUCACCAAGUAGCAACUAUCUUCGAUGGUGUGGUAUUGGAAUCAGAACCAAGAGGUGGAAUAAAAAUAAAAAUUAAAAAACCAAAGCUGAAAAAGGCUAAGAAGUUUCUAAAGAAAUUUCUACCAUUCUUGCUGAUACCACUGAUUGUCCAAGCCAAGAUGAUUCCUCUGUUCCUUCUCAAGCUGACACUGCUCGCUCUAAAGGCCUUGGGGGUAGGCAAGUUGGCUCUGAUCAUCAUUGUCAUCAACUUGGUGUACACUGCCAUGCAUGGAGCUCAAAAUGCAGAUCAGCAACAAACCAAGGAGGUAAACUUACUGGCAGCACAGCAUUACGGCUUCAAUGGGGGUCCAGAGUACGGAGCUUGGUUCAACAACAGACGGUACAUGGAGGAGCCUCAGAGCCCUUAGAUUGUCGAUCAUUCUCUCACACGCCAUAACAAACCAAAGAGCCUUAUUUAUUUUUAGCCUUAAAUAUACGAUAUUUAUUCUUUAA